AUUCAAUAGUGAUCGUCUGUUCAAAUGUCCCCCACGUGCAGAAUCAAAACGAUUCACUUCCAUCAGUUUGUGAAAGUUCAAACGUAACGCCCUCCCGCUCCGAAGCUCUUUGAAAAAAGAGAAGUUCGCUCUUGGUCGAUGAAAUAAAAACAAGUGCAAUAACACGUCGAUCGAGUGUCAUCCAGCCAGGUAUCGAGGCGAUCUUCAAGUCGGUAAACUGGCACAGGGGGAAUCAAGUCGAUGUCCGAGGGGGCAAACGCGAGUAAAAUUUCACGGUGAAUAUUCCGUGAACGAAGAGAACGCGGAGGUCGUUAUAAAAUCGAAAACGAUGCAGUUAACCGCCGAAUGGAGGCGACAGAUGGAAACCGCGACGAAAGAUGCCCCAACGAGAAGAAAUAAAAGGAGGCGAAAUUUGCCUUGCCGAUCGAUCAAUCCUUUCAUACACUACUACCGGAGCCUGCGGGAACAACUCGACAGGAAUUAUCCGUCGCGGGUGAUUGCGAGAAUCGCGGCCGAUCGUUGGGAGUUUAUGGACGCGUCUAAAAAGCGAUUUUAUAUUCGAGCCGCCGACGCUCAACGAAAACGACACUCGAGAAGUUUCGCCAACAGACGCAGAUUGCUUAAAAAAAUAGAAAAACCAUUAGAGGUGAAUAAAAAAUUCGUACCCGUGCGACGAAAUUUCGAUUGACACACGUGAAAAUUUAACGUCUCAUCGGUCUUUGGGGACACAUCGUUGGAAUCACCCCGUUGGAAGAAUACGUAUUCAUUUUAUGGAAUCAAAAAAUCGAGAAUGAUCAUAGAGGAAUCAUCGAUUAGAGAAAGACGAAUAUACUUGUAAAUGUAUUGUACGACUGUAUUUCCCUUGGUAUU